AUGUUUGAAUUAAAGAUGUUAGUAGAAAUCCUACUUUUCUUCAUUGCGGUUAUAAUAGGAUGCAAGUAUUAUGCGACUCGAUUUUACUCUCAUGGUAAAUGCAGUACAAUGUUGAUCUUGGGCUCUGGUAACUUGUUCAUUUAUGUGAUAUUAAGCAUUUUAGGUGGACAUACAGCUGAACUGCUCUCCUAUGUUCCUUUAUUGCCACAAUCAUACUCUCCUAAAGUCUAUAUUGUAGCAUCCACUGACAAUUUAAGCGCUAAAAAGGCGAUUGAAAUUGAGACAAAAUGUCAUAGGAAUGACUACUUAAUUGAGGAGAUACCUCGUGCUAGAGAAGUUGGCCAGUCCUUGUUUUCUAGCAUCUUUACCACUUUUUACGCAUUUAUAUUUGCAGUUGUACUUGUUUUCAAACACCAACCCCAGCUAGUUUUGUGUAAUGGUCCGGGGACUUGUGUUCCAGUAUGUUUUGUAACCCGGUUGCUCCAUCUUAUCUGCAAUGUCGGACCUUGUGUGAGUGGUUGUGAAGGGAGGAGAACAGCUGUGGUAUUCGUGGAAAGCGUGUGUCGAACACGCAGCCUCUCACUCUCAGGUCGCCUCCUUUACCAUCUUAGACUAGCCAAGGUCAUUGUUCAGUGGCCACUACUCCUGGAAAGUUAUCCGCGUGCCCAAUAUCUCGGUCUUCUUUCCUGA